CGUAUCUAUAUUUAUCGAUUCACACGUUUUUAUACAUUUUCAAUGUAAAAUUUUUAUUGUCAAUAUGUUUGAAAUUCUUUUUUGUAAAUAUUUUUGAAAAUGAAAUAAAUUCUUUGUUAAUUAAAAUUUUGAAUUUCGAAAUCGGGGAAAUAAAGAAGUUUCGCUUGAAAAAGUCGAAUCUUUUAGAAUUGACACCAAAAAGUACACAAUUCCAAUGCAAUAAUGUCAAAGCAACAGCUAACGGCAGCAAGUGGUAACAGUGACAAAGCAGAGGUGGUGAAAAUUCAAACCACAAAACUUCCACAGACUUCAAAACUCUCGCCUGCAAAAAUCCAAUAUACAUUCUACCAGCCGCAUUUGUCUCAACCACCAACAGACUAUAUGUUUCUCGACGAUAAUCCCACGUUAAAAACUUCAACACAAUUACAAACUGCAACAAGAGUAGAGCAGAAGCCAGGUACAAAUUUACAACCGAGUCCUAAUAAGCAACGACUUGAGAGUGGCGCUUCGCGUAAAGAUUCAUAUGACUCCACUGACGACAAUCCAGAAUUAUCGCUGAAAAGUAAAUUGAUGGAAGAGUGGGAAGUAUGUCAAACGCAAGAAAAAGAUUCCAAUGAGUCUGUAAAAGGUUCCCGAGAUGAUAUCAGAAGUGAAAAGUCUGUAUGCAUUACAAUGGAACCAACUGAGCAGACGCCAUUAAGCCCCCGGCGUUGCUCGGUAGAAGGUAAAUUUAUACCCCAGAAAAACCAACUGCCGCCGAGUAAAAGAAAACCCACAACCGUUGAACGCGGUUAUUUGCUUUGGCAACUACAAAAGACGGGUGACGAAGUCGAUCAUUUAGAAACCAUUAUGAAACGAACGGUGGAACGAAAGCAGUUAGAAACGGAAACAGAAAACGUAACUCUGGAACAUAACGUUUGAAAUCACAAAUGUAUUGCAAGAACAUAAAGACAAUAAAUAUAUAUAUAUAUACAUAUAUAUAAUAAAAAGAGAAUUUGUACCACGUGA